AUGGUGCUAACUCGCGCUCAAGCUGCUGGUCCGAAGGCUGUGGGGAUCGACGGUGACGUGAAAAAAGACGACGGAGAAAUCGACGCCGCUGGUGAUGGCUGUGGCGCAUCGCUUGUCGUCUCUGAUCAAGCACUCGUCUCCAGCGUCAUGGACCACGUCGCUGCGCUCGCACAGCAAUUUCUCCUCCAGACCCAGGUGCUAGCAAGAGAGCGUGCUGUCUUGCAGUACCAACAGGAAGGGCGAAAUCACGCCCAGAACGCCGCGUUGAUGGCUGUGCAGGCCUCAACAGAGACCAGCGUAAGGCAACUCACGGGCCAACAACGAGACAUUGCUGUUAAAUUCGGAGAAGCGCUGACGGCCAUGCAAGCCAGCCUCCGGGAACAACUCCAGCACCUGCAGAACGUCCGAGAUGAGCGAGGCGGUCAACUCGAGAGCAACGUUUGUAACGACUCACCCAGGCGAGCCAGGAAGUACGAAACGAAGUCUUCCAGAAGUUGA